GAACAGAAUUAUCUUCUCGCCGCGUGAUUCGGACAUUGAUUUUGUGUGUUAUCGUUCUGUGUAAUUAAAGAUCAACCAUGAAGCCGAAAUCCCUGGACCGUGCCAUCGCUCUGGCGAGUAUAUUUGGGAUCCUUCUGUCGACUUACGCCUUGUACGUAGAGAUGGCAAUAGAGACACAUCCUGGUUACAAAGCUGCGUGUGACAUCGCUGAGUUCGCGAGCUGCUCCCGAGUUCUUUCGUCUGAGUUCUCCAAGGGUUUCGGUUUGUUACCAGAACAAUCGACACUGAAGAUUCCGAACUGCAUUUAUGGAACGAUCUUCUACUGCCUCAUAAUAUUUUUAUCGUCAUUCGACCAGGUGCUAGUCGCCCGCAUGCUGUUCCUAGUGGCAGUUUCUUCACUACCGAUGUGCGUGUACCUGGCGUACCUCCUGGCCUUUGUUCUCCACGAUCUAUGCAUCGUCUGUGUGUCCACAUACAUCGUAAACAUCGUACUAACCAUCCUGACCUACAAGAAAAUGAACGCAUUAGCAACAAAGAAGAAAUAAACACAAAAUCGAUGUUUUAAACCGCUUUUUCGUGCUGCAAAAACAUUGUAAAAACGUAUAAAAUACCUCAUGUAAUACCAAACAUUCCUGUUACUUUGUAAAUAUUAUAUAUGAAUUUAUUUCAAUGUUCGCCAACUGAUUCGAACUUUCCACAUUGAAAUACGCAUACGUCAGUGGGAAAAGUAAAAU